GCGAAGAAGAAGCACAAAUUAUAUGGAAGAAGGUGACCGGACAUCACCUUUGGGUUCCCAGGCUCUUUCUCUGGAUCACCACUCACUAGGGCUUUUCUGAGGAGCUCACAGCGAGACGUUAUCCCGCCAUAAGAGACUCUUUGAAGCAUCUAAGACUUUAGCUAAGCCCCACUUGAACGAGGGCUGGGAAGAUAAGGGAACAGGGUUGUAGGGAGUGGUUGCGUAAAGAAGAAGAGUGUUCAGAGUGUUGAGUUGUUGCAUUAUUGAUUGAUGAUGGAUUUGUAUUUUCGCUGGCACAGAAUUUGAGUUUUAAUUGUUUUAUUUAUAUAUUUGGAUGGUUUGGUUUUUAUGAUACAGUCAGGAUGAGUGAGCAAAUAGAGAAGAAUGGGUCUGUGCAAAAAAUGAAAGAGGUAUCUGAGGCUGGACGGAUAGAUGCUGAAGUAAAGGAUGGAGACCUUGGGCAUCCUGUAAUAAAAGUUGUAGAUGAGCAUAGUAGUCAGUUGCAGGCAGAGACCAAUUUGGAGAAAACUGCUUUUCUCGGGCAGGAGAUAGCUGAUAAGUUGGCCGUGGACACAGAUGUGAAAUCAGAGGAUAAGUCAAAUGAUGAUGUACUUAGUUUUUCGGCAAUUCAAUUGGGGAUCAAUAUGGUGCAAAAGGCUAAUUUUGAUGACAAAGAGGUGAGAGAUAAUGAUUUUGAGAAGGAAAGCUAUGAGGAACUUGAGAAUGGUGGCACAAUAUUAGUGACAGAUAUGAAGGAUGCUCAGUUAGAAGAUGAGCACUUUAGUGAGACUCCCUUGACCUUGAAGCAGGAAGGUUUUGGUGGGCGCUACCGUUUUCAAGCUGAGGGUUCUUUUGAUCCAAAUUAUCGUGAAGGAGAUGAUUCUGGAACAGAGGAAACACAAGCUGCUUUUAUGAAGGAGUUGGAAAAUUUCUUUAAGGAGAAAAGCUUGGAGUUCAAACCACCGAAGUUUUAUGGAGAAGGCUUGAAUUGCUUGAAAUUAUGGAGAGCAGUUACAAGGCUGGGUGGCUAUGAUCAGGUUACUCAAUGCAAGCUAUGGCGUCAAGUUGGAGAAUCUUUCAAGCCGCCAAAGACUUGUACAACUGUCUCAUGGUCUUUUCGGUGUUUCUAUGAAAAGGCUCUUCUUGAGUAUGAGAAACACAAGGUUCGUACUGGUGAGCUCCAAGUACCUGUGGCCUCUAUUCCUGAGCCUGUAUCUGUGGACAGUCAGGUUGUUGUGAGCAAUCAGGCAUCAGGAUCAGGCCGAGCUAGAAGAGAUGCUGCUGCGCGUGCUAUGCAGGGCUGGCAUUCUCAGAGAAUGCUUGGUAACGGUGAAGUCGGGGAUCCAAUUAUAAAGGAGAAGGGUUCAGUUUCUCUUUUCAAGAAGGAUAAACAUCUCAAGUCCUUUGGUCAACCCCUAAAGAGGAAGAAGCCUUCUAGUCUUGAACGUGCAGUUAAAGUAGCGCGCACAAAAAGUCUCAAGCCUCAAGUGGACUCCAUGGUGGUUGAUGUUGGGGCACCUGCUGAUUGGGUGAAGAUAAAUGUGCGAAGAACGAAAGAUUGCUACGAAGUCUAUGCUUUAGUUCCGGGACUCCUGCGUGAAGAGGCAAGGCUUAUUGGACAAGUACAUGUUCAGUCAGAUCCAGCAGGACGUUUGAUCAUAUCAGGUGAACCAGAACAGCCUGAUAAUCCUUGGGGUGUUACUCCUUUUAAAAAGGUGAUCACAUUACCCUCACGGAUUGACCCUCAUCAAACAUCUGCUGUUGUUACAUUGCAUGGCCAGUUAUUUGUUCGCGCUCCUUUUGAACAGUCUGAUUUGUAGUUUUCUUACCAUCAAACAGUUAUUUUCGAAGCAGAAUUGAGAAUAGAUUUUACUGAUGCUUCUAAUGGCAAAGCUUUUCAGAUUCAGCUUUCUGACCCACCCAGAAUUUGGAACUCCUAAAAAACUGUACAAAACAAAAAAAUCAUACAGGAUUAGCCUAUUGACCAUUAUUUAGUGGUUUCUUUAGUUUAUUUUCAGGGCUUGGGUGUUUCUGCGGUUUGGGCUACUGAGAGGAAGGUUGCAGAAGUGGAAAUUGUCUUAAAGAAUAGUAAGGGCAUCUUGCCUCUUUGGCUCAGGGAUAGAUAGCCUAGGUCUUGUAAUGCAAGUUUAGGUGGUAGAAAUCUGGUUCUAGUUUGGACACAUGUGCCUAUAUAAUGUCUUCUUGUGCGCUUCUUCUAUUAGAUUUUCUUCUUUUUUUUCUUUGGUUAUUUUGCUAUUGUUCUCUGAUUCACUCUCAUCAUGUUCUGAAUUUUGAUGAUGAGAAGGACCAUUAGACUUAUUUUUUAAGAUUUUGUUGUCAAAUUAAUCAUCAAUUUCUUGCACA